UCCCGGCCAGACAUCGACGCGUUUGUGUUGUGUGUUCCUCCGCUCUUUUCACAAUUUCUUCGCGAAACACCGCCAUUGUUACCCCCCCGGGCUGAUUGAGGUGAAAGUUAACCAAGGGUGAGAGGGAGCCGCUAAAGAUGUCGCUCACCCUGUGGAGCUCGAGAUGCUCCGUCACGUUUGUGCGGCAGUGCUCGACGAUUUUUACGUCUAACUUCUGCCCUGGCCCCGUCUCCGUCUCUGGCAUUCUCCAACACAAUUCUCACUCUCCACAUCAGCUGCUCCAUCAUCAGAGAACCAUGAGCUCCGCUGCACUUGGACGUCAAGAUGGCGGCACACAGUCGCGGGGCAGCACCUCCGGGGCGGCGAGCGGUGUGCCGCCCUUCAAGCAUCCCCACUGCGACCGCCAGGCCAUGUACGCCCAGCCGGUGCGACAGAUCAGGAACAAAGGAGGUUCCUACGAUUACGACCUGGUUGUAAUUGGCGGCGGCUCAGCUGGCCUGGCCUGCGCCAAAGAGGCAGUCCUAAAUGGAGCCCGCGUUGCCUGCCUGGACUAUGUUAAGCCCACGCCCACUCUGGGCACCAAGUGGGGCGUCGGUGGCACUUGCGUGAAUGUCGGCUGCAUACCCAAGAAGCUGAUGCACCAGGCCUCGCUGCUGGGCGAGGCUGUUCAUGAGGCAGCCGCCUACGGCUGGAAUGUGAACGAGAAGAUCAAGCCGGACUGGCACAAGCUUGUCCAGUCUGUGCAGAAUCACAUCAAGUCUGUCAACUGGGUGACUCGUGUGGAUCUGCGCGACAAGAAAGUGGAGUACAUCAACGGAUUGGGCUCCUUUGUGGACACACACACCUUGGUGGCCAAGAUGAAGAGCGGCGAACGCACACUCACCGCCCAGACCUUUGUUAUUGCCGUGGGCGGACGACCACGUUAUCCGGGCAUCCCCGGUGCCGUGGAGUAUGGCAUCACCAGCGACGAUCUGUUCAGCCUGGAGCGUGAGCCCGGCAAGACCCUGGUCGUCGGUGCUGGUUACAUUGGAUUGGAGUGCGCCGGCUUCCUCAAGGGCCUCGGCUAUGAGCCCACCGUUAUGGUCCGUUCGAUUGUCCUGCGCGGCUUCGAUCAGCAGAUGGCCGAGCUGGUGGCCUCCUCGAUGGAGGAGCGCGGCAUUCCCUUCCUGCGCAAGACCGUGCCGCUGUCCGUGGAGAAGCAGGACGAUGGCAAGCUGUUGGUUAAGUACCAGAACGUGGAAACCGGCGAGGAGGGCCAGGAACUCUACGACACCGUGCUGUGGGCCAUUGGUCGCAAGGGUCUGAUCGAAGAUCUAAACCUGCCCAAGGUCGGUGUUAAAGUUCAGAAGGACAAGAUCCCCGUGGACACAUUGGAGGCUACCAAUGUGGCGAACAUCUUUGCCGUCGGCGACAUUAUCUAUGGCAAGCCGGAGCUGACGCCCGUUGCCAUUCUGGCCGGUCGUCUCUUGGCUCGCCGGCUGUACGCUGGAUCCGAGCAGCGCAUGGACUACCAGGAUGUGGCCACCACCGUAUUCACACCCCUGGAAUAUGCCUGCGUCGGCCUCAGCGAGGAGGAUGCGGUAAAGAAGUAUGGUGCCGAUGAGAUCGAGGUUUUCCACGGGUACUACAAGCCCACAGAGUUCUUUAUCCCCCAAAAGAGCGUUCGCUACUGCUACCUGAAGGCGGUGGCUGAGCGCCAUGGCGAUCAGCGCGUCUAUGGACUCCACUACAUUGGACCCGUUGCCGGUGAGGUGAUCCAGGGAUUCGCGGCCGCCCUUAAGUCCGGCCUGACCAUCAAUACGCUGAUUAACACUGUGGGCAUUCAUCCCACGACCGCCGAAGAGUUCACCCGGCUGAACAUUACCAAGCGCUCCGGAGCCGAUCCCACGCCGGCCACCUGCUGCAGCUAAGCGGGAUCCGCAGUUGAUGACGAUGAAUGGUUGUUGCCGCUAGCCAGCGAUCGAAGAGUUCAACAGUUCCGUUUAAGUUUCCGCAAUUAAAACAAAAAAAAAAUAACCCACACAAUAGUAGCUCUGCGCAAGCCACGGGCUCUGGGCACUGGAGGCACUGGGGAUAAACGCUUCGUUCGGCUACGGUGGAACUCUCGCGACCCGCGAUACCCAAGCAGCCCAUCCGACAUGCACUCAAAAUUUUGAAUUUGUUAAAGAAAAAAAUA